AUGGAAUUCAAUUCACCUCGUCCAGAACACAUACAAUUGCAAGGGCAAGGUACGAUAGUACACCCGAAGGGCACUUCUAACAUUAUCUCGAGUUUGAACGAAAGGAUUCUGGCAAAUACAUCCGAUGCUAACGGUUCGCGUAAUGCAAAUAGCAUCGAUAAGAAUAUUACUCAGGAUGAAACAGGUUCACGUGCUGUGAUACUUGGGAACGGGUUCACUUUGUUGGCACCAAGGCCCAUGGCUGGCCGUGAUGCUGCUCUGUACGAACCUGUAGACGAGUACCUGAUCCCCUCCCCGCCACUUUCUCCUAAAGAAACAGAUACGCAUCGCAAUACCUCGCACACUUCUGCCGAAGAUGGAUCGGUUGUUGCUAGAGGAAACCAACCGCUUAAUAUCACAGGAUUGGAGAUCAAACUGAAGGAAAUUGACCAACAACAAGAACACCCUGAAGAGUCGUCUCUCGAUGGGAUCGUUGUGAAAGGUGUUUGGGACAAUUACAAUAAGGAAAACGGAACCAAGACUUAUCAAUUGCACAUAAAUGCCUUUUUGUCCCAGUAUAAAGUUCUGAAACCAAAAAUAUCUUCCAACUUUGGCGGAAGAAGUGUUUCUCCUAUUUCAAGAUACACCAGAAGAACCAGAACUUCGAACAAGACCUAUGCUUCGAAUUCCGAUUUCGAAAGGGUUUACAGAACAAGACGUACCACAGGCGGUAAUACCACUAGUACUAGAAAUGGUGGUGCCACUUCCGAUGACUCUUCUGCUGUUCCUUAUUUACCAAGACAAAGACCGGUAACUCCUGUUUCAAGGAGGAAACCCGUUUCUCACCAUCACCCAUCACCACUAUCUCAUUCAUCCAUCACUACUGCUGCAGGCUCCUCCUCGGCUAACCAUCAUCACCAUACGGUUAACAUGUCCUGGGAAAAGUUGCCUGACUAUUCUCCUUCGUUGGAUACUCUACCUCCGAAUAACAACAAAUGCUUAAAAGUUGAUUGGAAGGGUUCAUCAAUGGAUUUAUCUCAUGAUCCUUUGAGAAAUAAAUUGCAUCCUGCUGAAUUAGUUUUAGCUCAAAUCUUAAGAUUACCUUGCGAUUUAUACCUGGAUUCUAAGAGAAGAUUUUUCAUUGAAAAGGUGCAUCGUUUAAAACAAGGUAUGCCAUUCAGGAGGACAGAUGCUCAAAAGGCAUGUCGUAUCGAUGUAAACAAAGCCUCCAGACUAUUUGCUGCCUAUGAGAAAAUAGGUUGGUUGCAGGAUUCUCAUUUCAAGAGGUUUUUGUAA